GGCGCACAUCGAACGAGUCCGUAGUGGUGCGCGGCUGCGCGGUUCUAUGCGCAGAUGUCCCAGAUUCGAUAUCCGAACAGGACUAUUAUUUUCUGACUGAAAACUAUUUAAUUAAAUCACGAUUUUUUUACGAGUCGGUAACGGAACUGUUAGAGUGAAGUGAUUGGUUGAGACGUUACGUUUGAAUGAAAUUGCGGUAAACGUGGGGUGCUGUGCUUUUACGUGAAUACAAAGUUACAAUGUUGUCAACUGGCGAGUGAGGAACCACAGAUGUGAAGAGCACAUACAGGAUGCACACGAUGGACACAAUGGGCUACGGCCACAAGAAGUACCGGCCGCCACUCUCGCCCACCAGCUUCUACCAGCAUGACAUGUACUCUAGACCCACCACGCUGCGCCCUCAGAGUGAAUACCGGUUCGCGGGCGGAGGGUACGGGCGCGGGCUCGGCAGCGGCAGCGGGUCCCGCGGCGGGAGCGGAAAGUUGUGCUCGGCGGCGUUAGUGGGCGGGGCGCUGCUGGCGGCCGUGGCGGUGCUCGCCGUCGCGGCGCUGGCCUUCUACAUGGGGGCCUUGAGGCCUGACAACGGAGAACCUAUAAUGUCGUUCGAGGGCACGCUACGCGUGACUCGCGGCGACGUGUACGGAGGCGCGGCGGGCAGCCCCGCGUGGCGCGAGCGGCAGCGCCGCUACGGCGCCGCGCUGCGGCAGGCGUACGCCGCGCCGUCCCCGCUGCGCCAGGCCUUCGCCGGCGCCCUCGUCACCGGCUUCGGCGACCGCCGGCUCGACGUGCACUUCAGACUCUACCUUGACAGAAGAAAAAUACCAAGUUCUGUCUCAAAUAUAGAAGAAACGCUGAAAAAUAUUUUGAUUCAAGACUUGAAUUCGAAGAAUCCAGCUUUUGGACAAAUUAAAAUAGAUACGUCUAGCAUAGUUAUAAAGAGGGAUCUAACCCACACAUACCAAUCUGAAUCUUACGUCAAGGAGGCUUUGAAUGAUACCAUGGCAAUAAGUAGUUCAAAAUCGCCUCCUCCGCUUAGUAGUAAAGAUAAGACUCUGCAAACGAGAGUAGGAGUUGUCCGUAAAACCACAUUGAAACCAAGUAUACCCAAUAAAAAGAAAGAUCCCGAUGAGCCAGACAUUGACACAGAAAAUUUGCCUGUAGUUCAAGGCACUUUCCAAAUCACAAAGACUGAAGCUGAUAUUACUGAAAAUAAACAAAACUCUAGUCCGCCAAGAAACGAUGAAAAACCAAAUAUUAAGACAACGACUACAACUAAAGCAACAACUACGUCUAAAGCACCCUCGACGAAACCUCCCUUCAUUAGACCGUCUACAUUUAGACCAUCCACAACAAGAAGAGUUCCUACAAGUACACCAAAGGCGCGACCAUUUACGAUUAUGUCUACCUUGAAUGUAAAACCAAAAACGGAUCCUACUCCACAAACAGAUACCGAAAGCACUACGAGGAGUUCGGCGGCGCCAUCUUCCAUUACCACACCAUCUACACCUCUCGAGAUAAACACGAAUAAUGUUUCGCAAAUAUUACUGGAUCUCCUUACUAAUGAAAAUCAAUACAAAGAUGUCCCUAAAAUCGAUACCCUUUUUACUGUACCACAUGUUGUUGAUAAUGAACCGUGGCGGCCAAUCACCAGGCCUUACUACGAGUCCACCAGCAACGUGCCUGUGGUAACCGAGGAGCAACCUAUAGAACCCAUUGAACACAAUGCCGAAGACAGGAUAGGUGUCGCUGAAGUAGUAGAAGAUUCAUCGAUUCUAGAAAGUUUUUUAAGUCCUAUACCUCCAGUAAAAAAUAGAGAGAAAGUUACAUAUAAGCCCCCAGGCCUAAUAAGUGUCGAUCCUAAUUUAGGUGCAGAAGUUUACGUACCAAGUCCUGUUUAUACGAGUUUUACCCUUCCUACGUUUGCGCCACCAUUGAAAAAUAUGGAAACAUUAGGAUCUAGUUUUCCGAAAGCUCAUCCCAUUCCUGUCGAUAAAAUCAGCACAGUAGUGGAAUCAGAAGAAACAAGUGGAGACGACGAAGAUGAUGGAAAACCAGUGGAAAGGCCUCCUAAGGAAAAAACAACGUCUGUUACACUAAACGUGGUACAAUUUGAGCAACAAGAUAACAGCACUGAAAAAGUCUCAAUAGAAGGCGCGUCAAUUCUUAAGAAACAAGAUGUCACUACAAGCAGUACUUCAACAACGACUACCACUUCGACUUCAACAAGCACCAUGUCAACUAUGUCCUCUAGAGACAUGUCAUCUAGCAGUACUACGAAAGCAGCUGAUGGUCACGACGAAACAGAAAACUCCACGAGACGACCAAAUAACAAAGUUUCGAUUAUACCAAGCACAGAGACCCCUCAUCAUACCUGGGAAUUGGUAAAUACCUCAACCAAUGAUAAUGGCACAUUCAAUAAACACUCACCGGAGAAAUAUUACAAUGAUACGUUGCAAGCUAUUAUUACUAAAAAUGACGCUCCAUUUCCAAACACAACACCAAAGUUCUCGGGAAAAGUAUCAAUUCUUAAAAAUCUGACAGAAAUUAUAAAACGAUACACACAAAGCACGACUGAAAAACCUGUAAAAGAAAUGGAUGAAUCUGAAAAUGAAGAGCGCCAGACUCACAUUAAAAUGACUGGAUCAGUUGAACUUGUACCCGAGGAUGAAGUCGAAACAACAACAACACGAGUGAUUACUCUACUACCCGCCAAAUCUAAUCUUGGCGUAAACCGACCUCUACGACCGAGGCCGUUAAUACGGGUUCAAUCUCCGAACAAGGAAAAUGAGCGUAAUUUUUUUCGUAGCAACAUAAGAUCUCAGACGGUUGUUACGGAGAAAACUACAAAACGGAGUAUAAAUGAUAAAUACGAUUACGUGACACCGAAACUUGAAUUGAUAUCUAAGGACGAAGAAGUCAAAUCCGACGAAGAGGAUAUGCUAACAAAAGUCAGUGACAGUAUACCUGUCGCCAGUUCACCGGACAUGGUCACUGGCAGUAACCGAUUUCCUAAAGCGAGUGAUGAAUUGGGAGUAGGUUCUAUUCAAUUUAAGAAGGAAAAUGGCACAUACGUACCAGAAGGCACGUAUAGAGUUUCAUACCAUGUUACUGGAAGUGUUAGUAGUAAACAGGCGAAUAAAACUCUAGAUCUUCCAGCAUACGAACUGGCCUUGGAACCCGAUGUCGUUUUGGAAAUACCCACUAAUCAAACAAACACCCUUACUAUCGAUAAACUAAAACAACUAGCGAAUUUGGCGACUAUUUCCGAUGCUCAGAAUAAGACUUUAUUUCGAACUCCAGGUGGAGUAAUCUCCACCAAAGCUAUACCAUCUAGUUACACUCUAAAUCAGGCGGGAUUCAAAAUUUUAACUAAGACAUUCAGUAAAAUUCCACCUUCUAAACAAGAAGUAAACAUCAUAGAAAAGCCUGUUCCCGAAAAUAACUUCAACAAAUUAUAUUUAGAGAAAGAAAUAACAAAAGACGCCGUUAAAACAGAGGAAUGCGACAACAGCACGUCGUUCCGCUGCUCGAGCGGCGCGUGCCUGCCUCUGACGUCGCGAUGCAACCGCCUGCUGGACUGCGCGGACGGCGAGGACGAGCGCGCCUGCUCCUGUGCCGACUACUUGCGUGCAGACUUUGCUGACGCCAAGAUCUGCGACGGCGUCGUCGACUGCUGGGAUUACUCUGAUGAGAACAGAUGCGAAUGGUGUAGCGAAGACCAGUACGUGUGUGCGAACGCGAAGCAGUGCGUGGAGCAGCUGCGCGUGUGCGACGGCGUGCCCGACUGCCCGCUCGGCGACGACGAGAAGAGCUGCGUGGCGCUCGCCGACCAGGUCGACAACGAGGUCGUGCCCUACAACGAGGAAGGAUACGUGAUGGUGCGCAAGCGCGGCGUGUGGGGCCGGCUGUGCGUGGAGAGCUUCGAGGAGGCCGUGCACGAGGCGCACAGCACGCUGCAGCUGCCCGACCUCGGCCGCGCCGUCUGCCGCGCCAUGACCUUCCAGUCCGUGGGGUACGCGCGCGAGGCUCGCGAGGGCCGCGCGGCGCGCGCGGGCUACUGGGAGGUGUGGCACGACGCGCGCGCGCGCGACGCACGGCUCACGUUCCGGCGCGCCUCGUGCAAGAAGCGCCGCGCGCUGCGCGUGCGCUGCGGCGCGCUCGAAUGCGGCGUGCGACCGCACGCUGACGCCCAGCAGCCCAGGGUGGUGGGCGGCGGCGGCGCGGCGGCGGGCGCGUGGCCGUGGCAGGCCGCGCUCUACCGCGACGGCGACUUCCAGUGCGGCGCCACGCUCAUCACUGCCGAGUGGCUGCUCUCCGCCAGCCAUUGCUUCUAUCAGGCAACGGAGGCGCACUGGGUGGCGCGGCUGGGCGCGCUGCGGCGCGGCGCGUGGCCGCGCGGGCCGUGGGAGCGCGCGGCGCGCGUGCUGCGCGUGGAGCUGCACCCGCGCUACGCGGCGCGCGGCUUCCGCAACGACAUCGCGCUGCUGCGCGUGGCGCGCCUGCCGCUGCACGCGCGCCUGCGCCCCGCCUGCCUGCCGCCGCCGCGCCGCGCGCCGCCCGCCCGCCAGCACUGCACCGUGCUCGGCUGGGGGCAGCUCUACGAGCACGAGCGCGUCUUUCCGGACACCCUGCAAGAGGUGGAGCUGCCGGUGAUCUCGACGGCGGAGUGCCGGCGGCGCACGGCCGCGCUGCCGCUCUACCGCGUCACCGACGACAUGUUCUGCGCCGGCUACGAGCGCGGCGGCCGCGACGCCUGCCUCGGCGACUCCGGCGGCCCGCUCAUGUGCCAGGAAGCGGAUAACAAAUGGUACAUCUACGGAGUGACGAGCAACGGGUACGGGUGCGCGCGCGCCAACCGGCCCGGCGUGUACACGAAGGUGUCGCACUACAUCGACUGGAUCGACGGCGUCAUCGCGGCGCACCAGCUCAACGACACCACCACCGACACCGACUCCGAGGACUUCUACUACGACUUGGAAGCGGCCGAGAACCGGAGGUCCAUGAAGCUGGAGACGUGCCGGGGGCACCGCUGCCCGCUCGGCGAGUGCCUGCCGCCCUCGAGCGUCUGCAACGGCUUCCUCGAGUGCUCGGACGGCAGCGACGAGUGGCAGUGCGCCAGCAGCAGACUCAACUCCAGCGCGCUCGAUCCCGAUUGACACUAGAUUAGCCCGAUCUAGCUACUUUAUAAGCCAGUACUAUGUAGUUACUUUCUUAAAUGCGACUGAUAUGUUAAUUAUACUUAAGUAAACGUAGUGUACAUUUUAAAAAAUGUCAAUUAGGUUUAUGUAAAGACCCGAUUAGUUUACGACUAAGUUCAGUCCGUGUUUCCCGUCUCAAAUCUCUGCUGAUAUCUUUGACUAUGCCAUAUUUAUUUAGAACGCGAGUACGCUUUGUAAAUAUAGAUAUUAGUAUUAUUUUGUACCCGAACUGUUGUUUUGUUAACCACUUCGUGACAGCUUAAAUUUAAAAGUAUUUAUUUGAAAUUCAUGGAUGACCUUUUCCGUUUGAAUAACGACGUCACCAUUCAAAUGGACGAUGUAAACCAUGCCUGGAAUAAAGAUCUAUUAUUUGAAAUCACUAUAA